AUUUUGACUGGAAUUCUAUUCUGAUCUGCAUAAUUGUAAUAACAGACCUUUUUUGUUAUCUGUUUUCAUAUCAUGCGAAACUAGAUUAUCGAGUUGACUACAUAUUUGCAAUACAAUACUACUUUUCAUUAUAGCAAGACUUUUAUUCUUAAAUCACUGUCAAUCCUCAUCCCUGUCUCCUUUCCCUCAACGUUUGAACUGACCUCGACCAACCACGGAGACAGACCAGAAAACCAGAGGCACGGUGAAUUCUCUACAUUUACCGGGCGAGCGAGCCCCAGUGACAGUCCGACCUCCCCGAGGUUAUGAAACUCCGCUGGGCCGGAGGCGUGCUGCUGUCGUUGGCGGCUGCCUACUACGUUUACUCCCCGUUACCGAGUACGGUGAACGAACCCUGGAAGCUCAUGCUACUGGACGCGCUGUUCCGGAGCUUCAUACAUGUGGGAGACGCGGCCCACGCUCUAGGCAUCUGUCACAGUGUCCAUGUGUUGAACUCUGUUGUGUCGCGGCUGGAGGUGAUUGAGGCGCGGUCCAGUCCGUCAGUUAGUGUCACUGACUCCGCCUUGGGGGGCGUGCCCGUGCGAGUGUUCCAGCCAGUCGGGGGAGGAGCCAAGCUCAGACGGGGGGUGCUCUAUUUCCAUGGCGGGGGGUGGGCCCUCUGCAGUGGACGGAUGAGAUCCUAUGACCUGCUGUGUCGGAAGAUGGCUGAAGAGCUUGACGCGGUCAUUGUGUCAGUUGAUUACCGCCUGGCCCCGGAAGCCGUGUUCCCGGAUCAGUUCCACGACGCUCUGACGGCGUCCCAAGCCUUCCUCUCCCCAGAGGUCCUGCAGAGCUACCGGAUCGACCCGGCCAGGGUGGGGGUGUCAGGAGACAGCGCUGGGGGGAACCUCGCUGCAGCCGUGGCUCAGCAGAUUUCCGCAGAUGACAGUAUGAGUGUGAAGUUCCGUGUCCAGGCAUUGAUCUACCCGGUCCUCCAGGCUCUAGACUUCAACACUCCGUCGUACCAACAGAACCACAACGUUCCCAUACUGCACCGCCACCUCAUGGCCAGGUUCUGGCUGCUUUACCUGGGGGCUGAUCCUUCUCUCCUUCCUCAUAUCCUCUCCUCCCCCUCAUCCCUCCUUCAUCCCUCCAUCCUUCCCGCCAUCCGUUCCCAUUUGAAUUGGACAGCCCUGAUCCCUACCAAACAUCAAAAGCAUUACCGGCCCAUUGCCACGGAGACUGGGUCACGGGAGGUCACACAGGAAGUGCCAGGGUUGGUGGAUGUCCGAGCGGCACCGUUGCUUGCAGAGCAGGGGGUCCUGGGUAGAACGCCACAGGCUUAUGUGAUGACGUGUGAAUUCGACGUUCUGAGGGACGACGGGUUGAUGUACGCCAGGAGACUGCAGGAUGCCGGCGUCAGAGUUACCAGCGAUCACUAUGACGACGGUUUCCAUGGCUGUAUGGCGUUUGCCUUCUGGCCGUUUCGGUUCUCCGUGGGCCAGAGGAGUUUGGGCAGCUACAUCCACUGGCUGGACCACAACCUGUAGAGUACCCAAGGACCCUCUAGACUCUGGCUAUGUGGAGAAAUAACACUAUGGAAAAACGUGAUCGGAAACAAACCUGUCUCACCUCCAGGUCCAAAAACAUCCAGACAGUUUGCAACGCCUCCCAUAACCCUUUUCUUCUGACCUUACAGAUCGUGUCGUUCAGCACAAAGGCGGUCAGUGAACUGACAACUAGUGACGGCCAAACAGGGCUUCAUUGGCGUUAUUUUAGCAGCAGGAUAUUAUGGUGGCAGCACUCAGAUUUUCUUUAUCACAAUUAAAGCCAUCCUUGAACGUUAUAAGGCAAUAUAGUUAUAACAGACAAGAACAGUAUUGGAAAGGACAUUAAACAUAAAAUGUACAGACUAGAUUUUUAACUAUAUUGCCUUAUAUAUUUCAACUAUGGCUUUUAUUUUGAAAAAGAAAAUCAGAGUAAGCGCUGCUAGCAUAAUAUCCUGCUGCUAGAAGAACGGUAAUGAAGCCUUGUAUGGCCAUCACUACUGACAACUGUGCAUGGAACAGAUUUUAAAGCUUUGUAAAGCUACAACUCCAAUAUGCCGAAAGACUGACCAACAAAGACAGCUGUAUGUACUUGUUGGGUUGUGCAAUAUGUUGUAUUUAUUUAUUUGACCAUUCCAAGCCAAGGGAAGCGGUCAGCAUAGAGCCAAUGACGGGUCUCAUUACAUGUUUUAACCUGCAUCCCAGAGGAUGAGGUUUUUAGCAAGCCAAUGGCAGCCAGAAUAACCACUAAAAGAGAAUCUGAUAUAUUUUCACACAGUCUGAAGAAGCUUCAGAGCUUCUAGCUUAUUAGGGAAAUCGUUCUAGAAAUUAAGUAUUUAUGUUCUGACAGACUAUCUUUACCAAAAGAAUCAUGGCAUUUUACAGGGCUAUUAAAGGAUAAUUUGAGCAACUGAAUAUGCUCAAAUGAAGCUAUAAUGUAAGAUUUCUUAUACAAUAAUCAUUUUAUUUAAUUUUUUUACAUUUCUGGAAAGUUGGGAAGGUACAUGUUCUUCAACCUCCAUGUCAGUUUGUAUUAUGUACUAUGUAUUAUGUACUUGGGAUGUUUUCAGUGUGUUUUAGCUUUCAAACAAUAACUCAGUAUAAAUUAUUAACUAUAAUAGCCUUUUUAUAUAUAUAUAUAUAUAUAUAUAAUUAAUGUGUGUUGUUUUAAAUGCCUCAAAAGGUUCAGAAAUCAUACUGAUGUCCUGUAAAGAUGUAAAGCCAUGUAAGACCGGUUAUUUCAGCAUUUCCAAACUGGCACAUUUUCUUUUAGAAAGAGCUACUCUCCUUCCUCACAGCGAAUGUACUUAAUUGUUCUUGGUUUGAAGUAUGUUGAUGUUAUUUCUUCUUGCUAGAUAUUUUGUUGACUACUGAGACAAUUGAAUGUACUUGAGGCAUGGCCCGAGUCAUGUGUUUAGAUUUGACAUGGCUCUGGGUCUGACUAAUGGCCUCUGGUGUAAUGGUACUUUUCAACACAAGAUGGCACUGUUGUGCUCUGCGCCAGACUCUGAAGGAUCAACGGACAGUAAACCACUUGGGACCCAAGGCCUCAGCUCAAGCUUCACAACUGUCAUAAUACCACUGAAGACAAUGUAAACUUAUGUACAGAGAAAUAUAUAUAAGGUGUUGGAUAUUCAGCCUGACUGGAUCUGCAGGCUCGUACUCUUCCAAGUUUUUUGUUUUGGCCCGUGUUGGUUGUGUGACUACCUAACCGGAGCAAAGCAUUGUUCUGGUGAAAAGUGUUCUUCCUGUUUAAAAGAAAUGUGUGUCUCUGUGGGCCGUUCUGAUUUUAGCAAUGCAAUUUAAACGUCCAGGGUGAACCUGAACCGAGA